AUGCUUUCCAAUAAUAGUAAAAUAAUAGCUCUGGAAACAACUUUGCAACAGAGUUUAUUGGACUUUAAAGAGCUUCUAAUAGAUUUAGAACAAAUGCAAAUAAAUCUUGACAUUUGUAAGACACAGUAUAUUGAAUUAAAAGAAAAAUGUGAAAGUAAGACUUGUUGUGGCGCUGAAGAAACACAAAAAGUUAUACAAUCAAUUAGAUCAGCUUUAACAAUAUUGAGUGAAACAAAAAAUCUUGACAUAUUAAAUGAAAUAUUCAAAAUAUUAUUUGGUGAGAGUACAACACUAUCCUAUCCAACAAGUACAAAGGAAAAUCCAGAAAUAAAAAAACAACUUCUUACACCAAAAAAAGAACUACAUUCCUCAAAUGAGGAUUUGUCUAUUCGAGAUGAGUCUGUAUCUGAAAUUGAGGGUACACCAACAGGACGUCAUAGUCCUAUAAUACAGACAAAAAAGUUAAAAAACUCUAUGGUUACAACAUUCGAUAGAGAAAAGAAAAAAUGUCCAGAUUCUUGGCCUACCCCAGAAAAAAAAACUUUGAAAUUGAUCUACCCAACACCAUCUCGGAGCAAACAGAAUAGCAGUUUGAGGCAGGCUCGGCUGAACUUUGUUAAAACAAAGUCUAGCAAUAUCAUAGACAUCACUUGUUCACCUGAGUUUGGUGGUGGGAGUAGAAAUACUAAAAGCGAGACAGAUUGUAAUGUCCAGCCACUGAUUAAGAAGGAAUCUAUAGAGAACGACGACACCAUUUUGCCCUCGCCCACUAGUGGACCAACCAAUUUUACACUAUUCAAAUCUCCAAUGAAAUUCAAGAAACCACAGUUAAGUUUAAAAACUAAAACGGAAAAUAUAAUUAAAAAGGUUGAUCCAGAUUCUGAAAAAAUAAUAAUUAAAACGGAACGAAAAUGUCCCGAUAGUAAUAUUACUAGGAAAUGGAUGGAAAAUGGUAUGAAAUCAAACAAUAGUGCAACCUUUACACAAGAAGAUUCUAUAAAUAUUCUACAUCCCGACAGAUUGCCUAACAACUUAAAAAAAAAUUCACCAGUUGAACGAGAAAAUAAUGAGACCACGUUUUGUAAUACACAGUCAAGUAUAUCAUUAUUGGAGGAUAUAAACGAGUUGGAUGAUAUUCAUAGAGAGGACAAAUUACCAAGUUCUGCAAAACGCCCUCUCGCGGAAAAUAUAAACAUCAUGAACAUACCAGAUGAUGACGAAUUACAGCCCAGCAUAUCGGUGUUACAACGCGAUGCAAAAAUGAGCAGAUUGGCCGUGGACAAUGUAAAAAUUAAAAUAGCAGCACUAGGCCCAGGUGACGAAGGGCCCGCUCCUAGAACGAGAGCCGAAAAACGUUCGCUACCUGGCUGGGCUUGCAGGGAGUGUAUAGAGUUCUUCAGCGAGCUUCACAAAGACGAUCCAGAUAUGAUGUUGAAGAAAAUCAACGAGUGCUCCCAUCAUCGCGGCGUGACCAAUCCAGAACGGCCGAAGACACCUCCAGGCUAUUGGAACCCCAGAUGGAAUGUUCCAGACGACACGGAGGAGUUUAACAGGAAGAAUAACGUUUAA